ACUCAAACAUUUGCUUGCUCCGCGCGCGCUCAGACGCUCAGGAGCGUCGCAUAUUUGCUGAAAGGACUCAUUCUUAUAGCCACAUAAUUCUGCUGGUGAGAUUUUACGCAAUGAGCACGCUCGCAGACCGGAUAGCAGCCCGCAAAGCCAGGAAGGCGCGGCGCGAAGCGGAGGAGGCUGCGGCGGCGUCUGGAAGCGCGAGACCGCCAGCACCGCGAGACCCGGUCGCACCACCGGUCGCACCACCACCGGCGCCGCCGCGCGAGCGCCGGGCCGCAGCGGUGCCGGAACGCCGCCCGAGCGCCACAGCCGUGCCAACACGGCGGCCGAGCGCCACAGCCGUGCCGGAACGGAGACCGAGUGCUGCGGACCGGCGAGACGCGCGAAGCGCCCCGCUCCCCGAGCGCGUCGAGCGGCUCGCGCGCGCGACCGAGGGCCUCGACGUGUCCGACUCGCUGCGCGCGCGCAUCGAGCGGAGGAGACGGUCGAGCGGGCGCGCGGAGGCACCACGAGCCGCGGAGCCGCCGCAGCGGAGACCGUCGCCGCCGCGGAGGACGGCGUCACCGCAAAGGCGGCGGUCGCCGGAGCGGAAGCCGCCGCCGCGGCCAGCGGUACCGCCGUCCCCGCUGACGGACGAGGAGGACGACGUGCCGCAGUCGACGCGCGACCGCGUCGCCGCGCUCGCCGAGCGAGCCAAGGAGCGCGCCCGCGACGCCAUCCGCGAAGCGAGAGGCCCGCGCGGCGACCUGACCUUGGCCGCGAUCGAUUCAUUAACGAGACAAUACGAAGCGAAGAAGGAGGAGGCCUCGCGAAAAUGUGCGUUAGCAUUGGACGCCAAGCGCCGCUCCGUCAGUAAAGGCGCCGACGCUUUAGAUAAGACCGCGUCGCUAUGUAAUGACAUGGACUCCACGUUCGAAUCCCUGACGGAGAACGCGGCAAGAGCGCGCAUUGAGCUAGAACAGUUCCCCCGCGCCGAGUUGGAAGAUGCGAGAUUAGCCGCGCGGAACCUCGCGGCUCUACUUACGCAGUUAGAUGUGUAUGCGCAAAUCCCGGAGAGAUGUGCUUCGUUGCGAAAUGAUCUGAGGCAGAACUUCCCCCAAUCUCUCGUAUCGACCUAUAAGAAGGCCAUGGAGUUGGAAUUGUGGCGCGCGGCGCUACAGCGACGUGUGAGCAUCGAGACGGACCUCGCUCGAUCAAGAGAAGCGUCCGGUGACCAUGGAAAUAAAUCGGACUACGGGUUGGAGGAGUUAGCUGCCUUGUCUAGAACUCUAUCUACACGAGUGGCCGCGGUUGCUGAACUAGUCCACGACGUGUUUGAUGCCGCUCGAGAACCGUUGGACGGAGACAACGCGUUGGAGCAUGCUGUCAAUGACGAGCCGCACUAUGUGGUCGCCGCAGCGCGCGUCGUCGAACUGCACGCUAGACUGAGACGAACAACUCUGAUACCAACGGCACUGGAGGACGCGAAACGUUCCGGCGAGGCGCCCCAGGAAGCUUUGGAACGGCUGCGCCAUUCCUUGACGGGAGUUCCUGCGCGAUCAGAUGCCUUGCAACGCCUCUUCAAAGGCGCCCGAACACGGUGCAUCCGCGUCUACGCGGAGACGCAGAUGCGACUGGUGGAUGAGGGUUCUUCGAGGGUCGAGGCUUCUCUCGGCGCCGCGUCGGCAUGCUUAGAUGAUCUCAAAAGUUCACAUGAUAAGCUAAAGCCGUGCGUUCCGCCCAGAUGGCCUUUGGUAAGAAUCUACCGAGCAGCGGUGGAAGCACACGUCACGUCGCAGCUCCAGCCGUUCUGGUCUCGCGACGAGCUGGAAGUGGCGGAGCUCAUGAAGGUCUACGAGUGGCUCCAGGCCUACAACGCUUUGGUGGAUAAAAUAGACCCCAUUUGUGAAGAGGACAAUUUCUCUGAUGACGAUGAUGAACUACCACCAUUGACCUUCAGGGGACCCUCGUCCCUAUUCAACGAAGCGGCAGAGAAGCUCAUGGCGCAAUAUCUCGCAAGAGUCGGAGACCAGGUGGAGGGCUGGUUCGGCAACAUCCGGGCCAAGAAGGCGGCGCCGAGGCUCGACGAGCAUGGGCGACCCGUGACGACGCGGCCGGAAGACAUGUUCCAGAUCGUCCAGUUGCAAGUCAGUAUUGCGAGGGAGCACGCGUUGAAGAGUGCGGACGACGGCGGCCAGCACGUCGCUACCGUUGUUUUGCGGUGUCUGGAGGAGCUACGCGGCGACGCGCGAAGAUCCGUGGAGCGGGCGUCAUUAUGUACGGACGCCGUGUCGACCUAUGUUGCUGAAGCGUACAAGGCGCGGCCGUCCGAAGAUCAGAAGGAGAGUUCCUCAGAUGAUGAUUUACAAAAGCCGCGGAACGCGCGGUCGUCUUCGUUGGGUUCGUACGGCGGCGCUGUGCCUUCGCUGGAGGUCGAGGCGUUGUGUGCCGUGGCGAAUGACGGCCUGCGAGUGCAGGAGCGGUGCGAGACGCUCAUCGAAGGUCUCAAGUGUAGAACGAAGGAAGGCGCGGCUCCACUGGAAGGGCCCGCGUUUCAGAGCGUAGAAGCGGUCAAGGACCAGGUCGUGGGCGACUACGCCGAAGCAGCGGUGUCCUGUUGCAAAGCGGCGGCGUGCGCACCGUUAUGUGAUCUACGGGACGCCAUCUUCGCGCCUGACUCUGAGCAUGCGUUAUUUGGGGACUUGUGGGAGGCCGACGAAAGUCGGGCCGACGCGAUUGACGUGGGCACGGAGACCAUCGAUGAUUACUUACAAGACUUUAGAUGUUGGCUGCCGUCGUACUUAUACGCGAAGGUGGUCCGGGCGGCGUUCGACGGGUUGGUGCAGGCCUACGUGGAUCGAUUUUUGAGGAGUUCGAGGGACCCGGCGUUCCGGGACGGGGACCAGGCGGCCAUGUUCGUACCUGUGUGCACAAAUCGUCGCGCCGCACCCGACUCACUGGUUGAUUUCUGCACAGGUUAGUGCUCAGGGACCAGAACCGAUUACUAAGCUACUUCCUGCCGAAGUUCACGCAGGACGCCGACCUCGCGUCGGCGAACCUGCGAACGCCGGAGAGCGUCAUGGAACGGACGGCCGUCCUGCGCACGCUGGCCGACGCGCUUUCAUCAUCUCCGCCGGGGGACCUGGACGAUCACGUGGUCGACGAUUUAUGUGCGCUGUUUGGGGGAGAUGCACCUUUGGUGGUCGAGGCGAUUCUGCGGCGGCACCCGCAGUGUCGCAAGCGGAAGAACAUUUUGAGCGAGAACGUGCGGCGCUGCGCCGAGGCCGCGCAGAAAUGUGGUGAUGGGCCGUUCCGGAUGCCCGCCGACGAGCCGCGGCGGGCGCCGCCGCGCUCCCCGCAGCGAAGGUUCCGGGCCGCGGCGCAGGCCGUCAUCGCGGCGAAGCGGCUGGAGUCGCCGCGGAAGGACUAGUCUUGCCGGGGGCGGCGUUUGCUGGUCCCGAUGAAUGUGGUAAUGUGUUGUCAC